GCUUCUUCUGGCUGCUGUCACAUUACAACUUUGGAGGAUUCCUCAAGAAAACUAAAGUUAUAUUGGAAGUGGAGUCUAUUCGAGCUGAUCACUGAUGUACAGAUUCGACCAAAUGGCAAAUACACGUGUAGAGCCUGGUCUGAGGAUUGUUCUUCUGGGCAAAACUGGAUCUGGAAAAAGUGCGACAGGAAACACAAUCCUGGGACGAAAGGCUUUUGAAGUGGGUGAAUCAAUGAUAUCAAAGAGUAAACUGUGUGAGAAAGAGGAAGCAGCAGUUGGUGGAAGACGGUCCGUCUCUAUAGUCGACACUCCAGGACUGUUUAACACAGAUGUGCCCAAACGGCAGCUGAAAGCUGAAUUACAGAAGUGUGUGCAUCUGUGUGCUCCUGGUCCUCAUGUGUUUCUGCUGGUGCUCAAACUGGGCGUGAUAUUCACACAAGAGGAGAGAGAGACGGUCAAAUGGAUUCAGGAGAACUUCGGGAAACAAGCUUUGUGUCGUACGAUCAUUGUGUUCACUCACGCUGACCAGCUGAAGGGAAAACCUGUAGAACAGUACAUCAGCCAAAGCAGAGAUUUACAGAACGUUAUUAAAAUAUGUGAUGGUAGAUAUCUCUCAUUCAACAACCAGGAGAAAAGGAAUCAAAGUCAAGUCACAGAACUGCUGAAGAUGAUCGAUGAGAUGAUGGAGGAGAAUGAUAAGAGACAUUACACUAUUAACAUGUUUCAUACAGCUCAGAGAAAUAUCAAGCAGAAACCGACAAUGAAAUACAUUUCUGCUUAUCUAUUAUUGCUUAUCAUUAUUCUGCUAUCAGUUAUUGGUGUGAUUUAUAUUUCAUAUUCACUGCUGCCAAACUCUCAGUCACAGAAGCAGGAGGGAUUUCCAUUGCAGGACAAAGAAAUGGUGCCGACACAACAGUGUGAGAAUGAGCAGUUACACAGCUGCCAUCAUGCGAUAGAUGAGGUUAAAGCCAUAAAAGAAGAAGAAUCUGGAGGAGAAGACGACCUUAAAACUAAAGAAGAAGAAGAACCUGGAGGAAAAGACGACCUUAAAACUGAAGAAGUUGAAGAAGAAGCUGGAGGAGAAGAUGAGCUUCAAACUAAAGAAGAAGAAGAAGAAAAAGAAGAAUCAGGAGGAAAAGAUGACCUUAAAACUGAAGAAGAAUCUGGAGGAAAAGACGACCUUAAAACUAGAGAAGAAUCGCUGUUGGAGAAGAUAUUGUCACAGCUGCUGGAUGAGAUGAUGUCACAGAUGAAGAAGGAGAUGAUGUCACAGAUGAAGGAGGAGAUGAUGUCACAGAUUAAGAAGAAGAAUAUGUCACAGAUGAAGGAGAAAAUGGUGUCAGAGCUGCUGGAGAAAAUGAUGUCUCAGCUGCAGGAGAUGAUGUCACAGAAUCAGGAGGAGAUGGUGUCACAGCUGAAGGAGAAGAUGAUGUCACAGAUGAAGGAGAAGUACAUGCUACAGGUGCUGGAGGAGGUUAAUUCGCAGAUGAAGGAGAUGAUGUCACAGAAAAAGGAGGAGUCGAUGUCACAGAUGAAGGAGAUAACAGGCUUGUUUGAGAUGAGCAAAAUCUGAGCAGAAUCGAUCAUUGCAUGCUGGUUAGAAAUGUGUUUGACUUACGUCCUCCCUGCUCUGAUGUCCUGCUGAUGUCCUGCAAUAGCAGCAAGUGCAGGAUACAGGUAUACGUUAUAAGUGCAGUUAUAGAAAAAACUAUGGUAAUAUUUACAGAUGGAUGUACUAUGAACAUUAUAUACAGGUUGUA